AUGAAGGUGAAGAAAAUGAAGAAGGCCAGCCAAUCCAGCGCACUACCGCCCAUUGUGGAAUCAUCUAUGGGCCUCUUGUGCUACCCUACAGCGUCCUUGCCUUGUCCAAACCAAUACAGCAGAAGGGUCUUCACGUUCGAAUUGCAUUUGAAGACUCAGUUCCAGCCACACACUACUGCGUCGUCUGUCUCGGAACAACAACCCGCCAAGUCAACGACCGAGGGCCACAUCUUCGUCUGUAGCUUCUCACACUACGGUUGCACAAGCACCUUUGCCUCCAAGAACGAAUGGAAACGACACAUUGCCUCCAAACACCUCCAACUCGGCUUCUUCCGUUGCGACGUCGGCAACUGCGGUCACAGACCCGACUACAAAAACUCCUCAACUUCCACCCACAACCACCACGACCAACCCGGCCACCAACCCAACGACUUCAACCGCAAGGAUCUCUUCACCCAACAUCAGCGCCGGAUGCAUGCUCCCGGCCCCGAUGCCACCGAUCAGGAACAGCAAGAUUUUGAGGCCAGGCUUAAGUAUGUCUGCGCCCGCUGCUGGCAGGAGCAACGCAAGCCGCCACAACAAAGCUCCUGUGGAUUUUGCGGGCAGAAAUUCUGUGGUCCGGACAGUUGGAAGGACCGGAUGGACCAUGUUGGACGGCAUUUCAAGGGUGACGAGACUUCUCUUGAAGAGGCAGAGGAUAUUGCCCUAAGGGACUGGGCCGUCAAGGAAGGGAUCAUCCGGCGCGUUGGUGAAGGGCGGUGGGUGCUUACUGCUCUAUGCUCUUGA